AAUUUCCGGGUAAGGGCUUCGGCUUCGGAAACGCUACUUGCUUGUAAAAAGGCGGAUCCCUCUCUGCCGCUCCGCUUCACGGAAUUUGUCUUUUUUGCUUCGGUAGAUUCCAUUUAAACUCCACAUCUCACUUAAAGUUGCAUGUUUCUUGUUAAAACGACAUUUUUCCGAUCAUUCGCGCUCUGACGACUGAAGUUGUUAGCUGGCUAGCUAACUUUUCCCCACACACACACACAGCAGCGUCCAAUUUGACAACUGCCCUCCACCCGCAGCCCAACAGGGGAGAAGCGACACCGGAGCAGAAACACAGGGAAAUGGGGGAAAAAGAACAGCAGCUCAAGUGGGCGUUGCAGACCGGGGACUUGGACGAGGUCAAAGCCAAACUGAAAACCGCCGAGGAUGUAAACCGGACCCUGGAAGGCGGGAGGAAGCCUCUGCACUUCGCUGCCGACUUUGGUCAGACAGAGGUGGUGACUUUCCUCAUUUCUAUGGGAGCAGAUAUCAAUGCUCCUGACAAACACAAUUUAACUCCACUGUUCUGUGCCUGUGUUGAGGGUCACCUUAGCUGUGUCAAGGUCCUGCUAGAAAAGGGCGCCAACAAAGACUGUAAAGGACCGGACGGCCUCAGUGCCUUCGAAGCGUCCGAGAGCGAAGCCGUAAAAGCUCUGCUCAAGUGAGUGGACGCCGUGGCGGUGGCGGCCGACAGGUGGGUGAGCGGACAGACAGAUGGACGCAGUGGUCCCCUUGACAGAAGACGGACUUGUCCCCCUUUACCCGCAUCAACCUCUGUCUCUUAACACUGCUUUUGUCUGUUUGUCUGGAGGUCGUCAUUUUGUCUGGUGAUUUGUUUCAUUUUAUUUUCACUAAGUUUUUUUUAUUAGUGAUAGGAUUUACUCUUCCUCCUCCGGCCUUCGUUUGUAACCAUUUAACACAAGUACAGUCGCGUCCACUCACGAGGGGAACACUUUUCCCCGUGGGUCCUGAAACACUGCAGACUCUAGAUCUCAAACUCUAUAUGAAUAUAACGUAAACGCAGAGCUUUAGCACUUAAAUGCACCUCUCUUAUUUUGCCCUUUUCUCUUAAAUCUUUAAGGAUAAGAUGAGUAGUGUGUUGUUUUUUUGGGUUUUUUUUGGAUCUUCACUAUAGGUUAUGGUAUGGCCUGGGUUUAAUCUCAUGAACAGUAAUUGCACUGUACUGUCGUAGAUGGCGUUAAUACAGAAAGGUCAAGUGUAAGUACGUGAACUUUCGACCUCUUUCUCCACCUCCAUUUCUUCUCGUUGGACCAAACUCGACGCAGGAUGAGGUUCAGAGGUCACGUUUGUUUUUCUUUCACCUCGAAUCACUUACAUAUCCAAUUAUGUUUAUGUUGAUAAUGCAUAGAAAGAUAUUCUGUAUCCGUUGACCAAUCACCAUGCUGGCUAACUCGAAAGACUUGAAUGUUGCAAUUUCUUUGAAAUCAGUUUCGGAACUCCCUUUUUUUGUUUGAAAAGGUAACAUUAGUAACAUCGCGCAAUAGGAUGAGGAAUUUUAGACUUAGUUUUUUGUUGUUUUCGUUUCCCACCCCUGGAGUGAGAUUUCUAAUAUUUUCCUUUGAGCUUCUCCGUGUGUUUUGUAAUAAAUGGGCUCAGAUCGAGGGGGUAACGGGGGGUUGGAGUUGAAACUGGAUGGUGGAGGGGAAUGUUGUUAUUCCCUUCACCUUGGAUUUGGUUUAAAAUAAAAAAACAAAACAAAAAAAACACUGGCUGUAUCGCUGCAUGUCAGAUACUGCCUCUGCUUCUACGCUAUGAAACGCUCGCCGUCCCUUCUUCUUGUUUGCUUUCAAAUUAAAUGACUUUGCUGUAAUGGGUGGGUGGGGGGUGGGGG